AUGACUGAAGGACCGGCUGGUACACCCUCGCCUGCUCUACCGCGUCUGUUGCAGUGGUGUAUGCUUCCCUUGUGUGAAUACCGUUCUCACAUUUUACUUCGGCCUAUCGCUGCCUGGCCGGACGAAGAUUCGAUCGUCAAGUGCCAGCCAGACCUUGACACGCUGACCACCGCAGAGACCGCGCAUGCGGGAGUGAGAAACAAGCUCGGCAUCGAGACCGAAGUUGGCGCAGUGAGACUCGAUCUCCUUGCGAACAAGGGGACAGAAUUAACCGGAAGCGAAGGCCUCCUUUAUAUCGAUAUCGGUAACCAUCUUUUAGUAAGAAGCGAGAAGCUCGUUACGGGGCAACUAAGCGUUGUUAGCAGUUAUUAUAGGGACCCAACGCUCAUUCUUCGUGCCAAUAUUCUUACCGAGGGCGAAAGAGCACUCGUACUCGUAGGAGUUCUUGAACUUUCUACGGCUGUGAAUGCCAAUGACACGACGGGCAGUGCCCUUGAUCUUGAGACCUUGGUCAUGGCCUCCUCAUCGGCCUGCAAUGCCAGCAAAAAACAUGUUCUUACCUAUCUUAUCCUUUUGCCUGAGGAAGCAAAAGCCCCCGAUGGAAUGACGUACCGCUGGAUGAUUCCACUCAUGUCUUCUUCCUUGGCCGGUGACGAAGGCACGAGAGCAAAUGUGAUUGGGCACCGACACCCAGAGGAAGAAUUUACCUCUUCCAUUGUUGCAGGCAGAGACCACCUUGUGGGUAGGGUCGUUUUGAAAAUGCAGAACAAUGACGCGGCAAAGAUCAGGGUCCUCUGUCUCGUGACAGCGGAUGGUAUCGCGUAUAAGGGAAUGUCGCCUUGUGUCUGA